UACUUCCCUUUUGGUUUAAGAAGGCAAGUUUCGUGCUUUAACCUUCACAGCAUCCAUUUAGAUUUAAAAUAUGAAUUGUCUACACUAUAGGAUAUGUAGUUAUCAGUCACUAUAAAGGGAUUUCCAAACUCUCUUCUGUUCAUUCAUUCCAAACAAACCUCCCUCUUUCUUGCCCUUUGUCUUCUGCUUUAACUGCAAACACAGAGAGAGAGAGAGAGAGAGAGAGAGAGAGAAAGGAACCAAAAAACACUAUCCCUGCAACUAUGACGGCUAUGGUGGCCCUAUUUGUUUUUUCUUUUGGUAUUGUCUUGGCCUCUGUUACUGCUGAUCCUGACAUGCUUCAAGAUGUCUGUGUUGCUGAUCUUACCUCUGCUGUGAAAGUUAAUGGUUUUACCUGCAAAGAAAAUUUCACAGCAGAUGACUUCUUCUUCGAUGGGUUGGCCAAACCAGGACUCACCAACAACACCCUAGGCUCCCUGGUCACCGGAGCCAAUGUUGAGAAAAUCCCAGGCCUAAACACCCUUGGAGUCUCCUUGUCCCGCAUUGACUACGCCCCCGGUGGCCUUAAUCCUCCCCACACUCACCCACGAGCCACUGAGAUAAUCUUUGUCCUCGAAGGCCAGCUCGACGUGGGCUUCAUCACCACCGCUAACGUCUUGGUCUCAAAGACCAUCAACAAGGGUGAGAUAUUCGUUUUCCCAAGAGGGUUGGUGCAUUUCCAGAAGAACAAUGGCAAGGUUCCAGCCGCCGUGAUCGCUGCCUUCAACAGCCAGCUUCCGGGCACUCAAUCCAUCGCCGCCACAUUGUUUGCCGCCACACCUCCGGUUCCUGACCACGUGUUGACCAAGGCUUUCCAGGUGGGGACCAAGGAGGUUGAGAAAAUCAAGUCUAGGUUGGCACCCAAGAAGUAAUUGAAAGAGGGUGGGUGUUGGGCCUUGUCUGUUGCUAGUGUUACCACUGAAACAAUUUAUGGGAUUUGUUCUUCAUAAUAUUUAGAACUUAUUUCUUUAGUCUUUCAAAAAUGAGAAUCCUUAAUUAUUUUUCUUA